AUGAGGAGUGACGCUUGGCUUAGCAAGCCGUUCUUGACGGCCAUCUUUCUUGGAAUAGGUGGUUUCCUCUAUGGCUUCGAUUCCGGAAUCAUCACGCCGAGUCUGGCUCUCAACUCCUUUUUGACCUACUUUGGCAAUCCUCAUGCUGCUCUCCGUGGUGCCAUUGUCUCUGUCUACCAGGCAGGAGCAUGGCUGGGUAGUGCCUCUGUUGGUGUCACCAGUGAUAGACUAGGUCGACGCAAGGCCAUUGCUUUUGGCUGCAUUUGGGGUGUAAUUGGUGGUGCCUUGAUGGCUGGUGCAGCUCAUGUUGCCAUGCUUAUCAUGGGCCGUCUUUUGAUCGGCUUUGCUGUUGGAACCAUCACCGGAGUUGCCCCUGUUUUCGGCGCUGAGAUUGCCAAGACCAAUGAGCGAGCCAAGAUUACCGCAGUCAACCAGAUGAUGGUUGCCUGGGGCUUCUUCGUCGCCCUCUGGACCGGUGUCGGUGAAGGGAAAUGGCACAACCCCAACCAAUGGCGUCUCGGCUUCGCCAUCCAGAGCAUCCCAGCCCUUCUCCUCGGCGUCGGAGUCCUCUUCCUCAGCGAAUCCCCCCGCUGGCUCUGCCUCAAGGGUCGCUACGAGGAAGCUGAAAAGGCCUUCCGCAACUACCACUACGACGGAACCAACGACGAGUGGUGCCGCACUGAGUUUACUGUUAUUCAGGUCAACAUUGCGGAGGAGCUUCAGGCCCAGGGUAAGCUGUCUUGGGCUGAUCUUAUCAAGACUCCUGCUUUCAGGAAGCGUCUCUUUGUCGGUUCUUUCGUCUGGGCUGCUGCCAUGUUGUCUGGUAUCUCGUUUGUGCAGUACUACCAGACUGCCAUCUACGCCACCCUCCAGUUCGACCAAGACCGUCAGCUUCUCGUCAGUGGUCUGUAUGGUUCAGUUGCUCCCGUGGCCUGCUUCCUGUCCCUGUUCUUCGUCGACAAGAUCGGCCGCAGAAAGAUUCUGGUCAUCAGCUCUUCGCUCCUCUCGCUUUGCUACAUGAUCAUUACGAUCCUUGCGGCUUUGUAUCCUGCUCGUCCUGGUCUGCCUACCAACGCUGCAGCUCAGAGGGGCCUGAUUGCCUGCAUCUUUGCCGUUUCUGCCAACUACUCGGCUCUGCUUGGACCCAUGACCUGGAUUAUUCCCCCCGAGGUUUUCACUACUGAGCUCCGUGCCAAGGCAAACGCCAUUGUCCAGGUUGUUCACUACUCGAUCAGUUUGAUCAUCACCCAAUGCUCGCCAAUUGCCCUGGCAGAGGUGGGCUGGAAGUAUUACAUCCUGUUCAUUUUGACCAAUGCUCUCUGUGCCGUCGUCUUUGCAUUCGCCUAUCCCGAGACGCGAGGCAAGUCCCUCGAGGAGAUUGACGAGAUCUUUGGUGAUGUCAAGGUUAUCCGCCAGGAGGAUGUCAAGUUCUCCGAAAAGGCUGGGCUCGAGACACUGGAAUAUCGUGGCAACAGGACAAGUGCACAGGAUGCUUAG